AGGUAGAAGAAAGAUGGCGGACGCUUCGGACCGAGAUCCAGCCUCCGCGUUAUGCGCGGAGUUUCUGAGCUUCUCCGCACGCGACACGGCGUCGGCAUGGCUGGCGGCCCCGGACUUGACCGCGCCCCUUUAUGCUCACCUGGCACGACUGGUACCUCACCUACUGAGGGAGGGUCAGGGGGCUGGGCUGAGGGAGGAGCAGAGGGAGGAGCUUGGUGUUCAGCUCCUCCUAUUGGCUCCUUUGGAGUGGCUGCUGCUGAGGGAGGAGCCUAGUGCAGCUUUAGUUGCUCUGAAGGAAGCUAACCGCGGAUCAGCACUGUGCGGACACGUGUUCAGGGUGGGAGAGCCCACCUACUCCUGCAGGGAGUGUGCUGCAGAUCCGACCUGUGUCCUCUGUAUGAACUGCUUUCUCAAAAGUGUGCACAAAGACCAUCGCUACAGAAUGACGACUUCUGGAGGAGGCGGUUUCUGUGACUGUGGAGACUCUGAGGCCUGGAAACAAGGACCCUACUGUAGCUCCCACCUGCCCAAAGACCAGGACCAGGACCAAGACCAGGACCCAGUUCAGUCCUUGGAUCCAGACUUGGUCUAUCGGGCUUUUCAGGUCUUCCGGACAGUGCUGAGAUACGCUGUGGACAUGCUGACCUGGGACCAAGAGAACAGCCUCCCCCCCGGACUGGAGCCCAAGGAGAAAGGCGACACGUUUUACUGCAUGCUGUUCAAUGAUGAGGUGCACACGUAUGAACAAGUGAUCUACACGCUACAGAAGGCUGUCAACUGUAACCAGAAGGAGGCCGUGAGCUUUGCUACUACUGUGGACCGAGAGGGUCGUACGUCUGUGCGCUUUGGGGACUUUCAGUUCUGUGAACAGGCCAAGUCUGUCAUCGUGAGAAACACUGGCCGUCAGUCGAAGCCGCUGAAGGUGCAGGUGAUGCACUCAUCUGUCGUGGCUCAUCAGGUCUUUGCCCUCAAAACUCUGGGCUGGCUUUCCCAGGUCAUCUCCUGCUCAGAUGGGCUGAGGAGAGUCCUGUGCUCCGUGGCCCUUGAGUCUGGUUCUGGUGGGACUCUGGUGGAUCGACUGAUGCUCAGUGACUCAAAGAUGUGGAAAGGAGCACGCAGUGUGUACCACCAGCUGCUAAUGAACAGUCUCCUGAUGGACCCUCAGUACAAGAAGAUCUUUGCUCUUCACUUUGCUCAGAAUUAUGAGCGUCUUCAGAGUGAUUACGUUAAAGACGACCACGACAGAGAGUUUUCAAUCACAGACCUGUCAGUGCAGAUCUUCACUGUGCCCUCACUGGCCCGGAUGCUGAUGCUGGAGCAGAACCUGAUGUCAGUGAUAAUCCGGACGUUCCUGGAUCACCUCCGACACAGAGACCUUCAGGGACGUUUCCAGUUCGACCGAUACACCGCCCAGCAGGCCUUCAAGUUUGGACGAGUCCAGAGUCUUAUCGGAGACCUCAAGUAUGUUCUGAUUAGUCGCACUGCCGACUGGAGCGAUGAGCUGCGUGUCAAGUUUCUGGAUGGAUUUGAGGCUUUUCUGGAGCUUCUGCGAUGUAUGCAGGGCAUGGAUGCAGUGGUGCGGCAGGUGGGGCAGCACAUUGAGAUGGAGCCUGAGUGGGAGGCGGCCUUCACUCUACAGAUGAAACUCACCCCCAUCACCACCAUGAUCCAGGACUGGACCAGGACCGAUGAGCACGUCCUCAUGGAGGCGUACCGCCGCUGUCUGAGCGCGCUCAGUCAGUGUCUCAGUGGAUUAGCCGAUGGGGAACAGCCAAUCAACUUAAACCUGGCGGGUCACAUGGUUGAGACCUUCAGGUACCAGGUGUCCCAGGACAAAGUGUCGAUUCACUUGCCUCUGUGUCGCAUGCUUGCAGGGCUUCACGUCCUCCUGAGUCGCACUGAAGUCGCCUCACGGUUCCCAGAGCAGCUGCCUUUGGGUGAACUGAGUCCUCCUCUGUUGAUCGAGCUGCCACUGCGCUGUCUGGUGCUCUGUGCACAAGUGCAUGCUGGAAUGUGGAGACGCAAUGGAUUCUCCCUCAUCAACCAGAUUUAUUACUAUCAUAAUGUCAAGUGUCGAGUGGAGAUGUUCGAUAAAGACCUCAUCAUGCUCCAGGUGGGAGCAUCGAUGAUGGAUCCAAACCACUUCCUGAUGAUCGUUCUGAGUCGAUUUGAACUGUUCCAUAUUUUCAGCUCUACCGAUUCACGCAAGAGGCUCAGAGAGAGCAAUAAGGACGUGCUUCAACAGAACAACACUCUGAUUGAGGAGAUGCUGCACCUCAUCAUCAUGGUUAUCGGAGAGCGCUUCGUGCCGGGUGUGGGGCAGGUGGAGCCAUUGGAGGAGGUGAGGAGGGAGAUCAUUCAUCAGCUGUGCAUCCGACCCAUGGCUCACAGCGAGCUUGUCAAAGCACUACCCGAGAAUGGAAACAAGGAGACGGGUUUGGAACGGGUCAUCGACAGUGUUGCCUUCUUCAGGAAGCCUGGUGUGACAGGGCGGGGCAUGUACGAGCUGAAGCCUGAAUGGAACAAACACUUUAACCUGUACUUCCACCAUUACAGCCGUGCUGACCAAUCAAAGGCAGAGGAGGCGCAGAGGAAGGCCCGCUCUCAGUUCAGCUCUGGGUCUAGUUCUGGUUCUGGUCCUGGUUCGGGGCCUAGUCCUGGGUCUAGUCCUGGUUCUGGUCCUAGUUCUGGUCCUGGUUCUAGUUCUAGCUGUCGUCCGGUUCUAGCCCUGGUCCCCCCAGUGCCUCCUCCUUUCUGUCCUCUAUUUGCAAGUUUGGUGAAUCUGCUCCAAUGCGAUGUCCUGCUGAGCCUUGAGUCCACUGUCCUACAGUGGGCCUCUGAGCCUGGGUCUACGGGCUGGACCGAGAGCAUGCUUCAGAGGGUGCUGCAUCUCAUGGCGAUGGCUCUGAUCGAGGAGCAGCAGCAGCUCGAGUCCAACAGUGAAGACGAGGUCACCUUUAACUACAGCAUCAAGAUACAGAGACCGGGCUCGUGUGGCUCUCUUCUCGCUCUGUUAGAGACUCUUCAUAACGCUCCUCAUUUAGAACUACACAAAGACAUGAUAGGAUGGAUACUUAAGAUGGUGUCAAACAUUAAAACAUGGAGGCAGCGCUCUGUUUCUGGGUCGUCUGUGUCUCUGAGCUCAGCGCCAGACCCUGAGGAUAGGGUACGUGAACGUGACAAAGCGGAGAGGAAGAGGAAGGCAGAGAUGGCACGCCUGAGGCGGGAAAAGGUCAUGGCCCAAAUGAGCGCUGCCCAGAAACACUUCAUCAGUGAAAACAAAGAGCUGUUCCACCAGAGCCUAGAGCCCGACAGCGCUCCCAGCAGCAGCACAGGGGAACUACACAGGUGUCCAGAUUCACCUGGAGCUCAGGUGUGUGUGGGCCCAUGCAGAGUGGGUGUGGCUUCUGUUAGUCAUGUGACCUGUAUCCUGUGUCAGGAGGAGCAGGAGGUUCACGCUCAGGGCAGAGCCAUGGUCCUCUCUGCCUUCGUCCAAAGAUCCACCGUCCUCUCCCAAAACCGCCAAUCAUCCAGCAGCCAGUCACAGAGCAGAGAGGUCCUGUUCAUGAACCCGGAGAUUGCGCUUGGAAUCCACACGGCCAGCUGUGGACAUGUCAUGCACGCCACCUGCUGGCAGAGAUACUUUGAGGCGGUGCAGCAGAAAGAGCAGCGGCGGCAGCAGCGUCUACGAGGUCACACUAGUUUUGAUGUCGAAAAUGGAGAGUUUCUGUGUCCUCUGUGUGAAUGCCUCAGCAACACAGUCAUCCCACUGUUGCCUCCGGCAACCUCCCCGGCAACCAGCACGGGGCAGAGCCUGGAGACCUGGAUGAACACCACCAACCUGCAGCUGGUGGUACUGCGGCACAGACAGAGCGCAGGUGAGGAGGGGCCGAGGCCUGGAGAGACGCAGGGCGCAAGGCCUGGAGAGAAGCAGGCGGCGGUGCCUCUUGCACCUGAAGGAUUUGACCUGGAUUUUGUCCCUGAGAGUGCAUUGUGCUCGUGUCUGUCUGAAAUGAUGAGCACUUUCAGUUUGGCCGUUUACAAAGUUGCUUUAAAAACAAACCCGAACGAAACUGACCCCAGACUGCCCCCUCUGAGCUGGUCUACCUGUGCCUUCACUAUACAAGCUACAGAGCGACUGCUGUUCGAUGACGACAAGCCUCUGUUUGGAAGUCUGCCCUGUCGACAGGAGGAGUGUUUGAGCGCCCUCUGUAGGUUCAGUUCUCACUGUUGGACUGUGGCUCCGCCCUCGACUGUUCAGCAGCACUUCACCCGCCUCUACUCAGCGCUGUUCUUGGACUUAGACUUGCAGGAUGUACCUUGUCUCCUGGACAUCGACAUGUUUCACUUGCUGGUCUACAGUGUCUUGUCAUACAGUGCUGUUCAGGCUCUGGACCAAUCAGGACAGAGCUCCACGGACUCCGCCCACCUGCACCUGUUGCACCUGGUGACGUUGGCUCAUCUGGUGCAGGUGCUGCUGAGCUGCAGCUCCACAGACCCUCGCACAGCAGAGAGCGCUAUGGAGCAGGACGGCGGAGGACCUGAGGAGCACCUGACACUGCAGCUGUACACCCUCCUGCAUACUCACCUGGACAGUGCACUUCCUCCGGCGGCUUCCGGGUGGCAGCUGUGGCACUCUGUGAAAGACGCUCUUCUUCCCUUCCUUCGUUGCGCCGCCAUGUUCUUCCACUACCUGCACUCGACAGUGCCCCCCGCUGACCUGCUCUUGUCAGACAGAGACCAGUGGGAGGCUCUCUGCAGUUACCUGAGUCUUCCCUCAAACCUGCUACUGCUGUACAGCCAACAGCGUUCCCUCUUGGACCCCCUCAUACACAGAUGGUGCUCAGACCCUAGAGUCCGACAUCGUCUCAAUGAGUCCGGGUCCAGGUCAGAUUCUGGGUCAGGUCUGGUUCGGUUCCCACGAGAAUCCAACCAUUUGGUGGAUCUGCCUCAGGACUACAGCGUCCUGAUCAACCAGGCCUCGUCUUUCACGUGCCCUCGUUCUUCUGGGGACCAGGCACGUGCUCCCACCCUCUGCCUGGUGUGUGGGACCCUGCUGUGCUCUCAGAGUUAUUGCUGUCAGACGGAGCUCGACGGAGAUGACCUUGGUGCUUGCACCUUCCAUGCCCUCACAUGCGGUGCAGGGGCAGGGCUGUUCUUCAGGGUGCGUGAGUGCCAGGUGUUGUUUGUGGCAGGUAAAACCAAAGGCUGUUUUUACCCUCCUCCUUAUUUGGAUGACUAUGGAGAGACCGACCAGGGCCUCAAGCGUGGUAACCCUCUGAAACUGUGUAUGGAGCGAUACCAGAAGAUCCAGCGUCUGUGGAGACAGCACGCCUUGGCAGAGGUCAUCGCUCACGCCCAAGAAGCCAAUCAGACGCUGGCCACCAUCGACUGGCAGCACCUCUGACCAAGUGCCCCGUUAAACUUAACUGUGUUUGAAUGUAUUUUAGUGAAGAGACUUGAGUGGAGGAAGGACACUGUUUGGUCCUAGGUCAGUCCUGGGUCGGUCCUGAGGUAAAAGACUGGGUGAUCUCGGUGACUACAAGCAGAGCAUAGUUUUUUCUUUUUUUAACUGUUUUUAUUUUCUGACUUUUACUUUGAAGCCCCUGGCUGUGACAUCACUUCCCAUGUGUUGAAUUUUGGGUAUGUGAUUGGCUGUAUAUGUGUGUAUAUGAACAGUAGCAUAAUAAAGGCAUUUGAUUU